GCUUUAAAAGAGAGUAUGAAGCUUGGUAAUAAAGGUGCAAGAAAACAUAUUUCAAAAAAAGUAUUACAAUACUUGCAAGAUUAUUUUCUAGUAGGUAAUUUAGAAGCUGCAGAUUAUUACUUUCCUAAGGAUAUAUAUGUGGAUCUUAAAAACUUAGCAAAAAAUAAUAAGCUUUUAUUUAAGGAAAUUCCAACAAUAAAAACUAUUAAGAGAUAG